AUGAGCCACCACCCGAGCUUGCCCAGUUUCCUGGCGUUGGUGGCGCUGUUCAGCGGGCCGAACCCGCUGGUGGAGGCGCCGGCGCCGUCGCUGGCGGAGUUGUCGUGGCUGACGCCGCUGGAGCUGGCGUCGGCGGCCCAGUUGGCGUCGGCGGCGGCGACGGCACCCCCCACCGCCUACGGUCCCUGGGGCACCGAGUUGGCAUACUCCACCAAUCCCCCGUUGGCGCCGCCGUUAGCGCCGCCGUUGGCGCUGGGAGUGCCCGGGGUGCCGAUGUUACUGGUGUACGGGUCGCCGUGGAUGCUGCUGGCGCUGGCGGCGACGCUGUCGCUGGUGUUGCUGACGCCGCCGCACCCGCCACUUAAACCGUCCCCCGAAGCCCACGACCUGAUCUAUACGUUGCGGGACAUGGUGCUGAAGCUGAAGCAGUUCUGCGACUUGUGGCUCCGCAAGUUCCACAACAUCCUCCAGGACCUGAUCGAGAGGCACGGCGACAACGACACCGCCAUCGCCGAGGCGAUGGGCUACUUCUACCAGCUGUUCACCGUCGAGGACAUCGACGACGGCGUCGCGCUGUUGGGGGUGCUCCAGCAGGCGUUGAUGGCGUUCAAGAUCAACUGCGUCGUCCCCAACCAGCGCCUCGACGAUACCAGCGACGACAGCGACGGCCCCCGCCGGGCGCUGGCGCCGCGCCGGCCGCGCACCUACAUGGAGUGCCAGCACUGUGGGUCUAGAGACACCCCCGAGUGGCGCCGGGGCCCCGACGGGCCGCGCCUGGUGUGCAACGCGUGCGGGCUCUUCUACCUGAAGUUGAUCCGCAAGUACGGGCGGCAAGAGGCGACGCUGAUGAUGCGCACGCGUAAACUUAACGGCCAGGACCAUGACCGCCGGGUGUCCUAG